GUAGACACGUAAAUCUUGUGAUGAAUCCCCAACAGCAACCUUCUGGUGGUAUGGCAGUGCCACCUGGUAACUGGCCUGCGGGAGCUCCUCCACCAGCUCCAGGCAGCUUGGAGGCAGGACUUCAACUACAAGCAGCUCAGGUCCCUGCAGACUGUCCCCCAGGCUUGGAGUACCUCACACAGAUUGAUCAAUUGUUGGUUCACCAGCAAGUUGAACUCCUUGAAGCAUUUGUGGGUUUUGAAACAGCCAACAAGUACACUGUGAGAAAUACUCUUGGGCAGCAAGUUUUCUAUGCUGUUGAAGAUACAAAUUGCUGCACUCGCAACUGUUUGGGAAACUGGAGGUGUUUUGAUAUGAAGAUACUGGAUAAUGCAACAAGAGAGGUGGUGCACUUGAAUCGUGGCCUGAGAUGCACUAGCUGCUGGUGUCCAUGCUGUCUUCAGAAAGUGGAAGUGUCAUCCCCCCCAGGCACAGUCAUUGGCUAUGUGUGUCAGUCAUGGAGUAUGUGCUUUCCUAAAUUCACCAUAGAAGAUGCAAGCAGAACUACUAUUCUGCGCAUUGAGGGACCUCUGUGCACCUGGAACCUGUGUGGAGAUGUGGAAUUUGAUGUUCUUUCAGCAGAUGGCAACACAAAAGUUGGAAAAAUAUCCAAACAGUGGAGUGGAUUUGCUAAGGAGGUAUUUACUGAUGCAGAUAACUUCGGUAUUUCAUUUCCCAUGGAUUUGGAUGUGAAAAUGAAGGCAGUCAUGCUGGGAGCCUGCUUCCUAAUUGACUUCAUGUUUUUUGAACGCUCCGGAAACAAAAAAGACCAACGAAAAGUAGGCAUGAUGUAAGAAUUGGUAUCUGUGGCAAAGUGUUAUCACUCAUGAUAAUGUGUUACUGCAAUGUAUAUGAGGACUGAAUUAUUAUAACAUGUAACAAAAGAUCAUCUCAUUGUAUGGAAUGUCACUUAAAAGUUACAUAAACCACAACGUUUUCCAGAGUAUUGAGGUGAAAUGGGGUAAAGGCUUGCAUUUACUAAUGAUUUAACUUUAGAGUUGCCCAAACAGGGAAAGAGUGAAACAAAUUCUGCAUGUAUACAACGAUUUAGCCAAGUACACGUAUACUCUGUAUUUAGCCAAGAAUGCUAUUUUCAUUACUGAUUUUAUUGAAUGCUCUUACUUUAUCGAAUUUUUAAAUGUUUAUGCAGCCUAGGGGUAGUGAUGAUAAAUGCGACAAGUUUAAAUCAUUCUUUUUUGCGUAGACCACGUCAAAAUUUCUCAUUUGUGCCCAUGAAUAUUUUGAAACUGUAGAACAUGCUUUCCCCUUAACAAUAAAAUAACUGUGUGAAUUGAUACACGCUGGCAUAAAGUAACUGUAAACAAAUCUUGGGCUAUUUCAUGCACAGUUUAAUGUUCCAAUUAAUGAUCGAAACAGUAUCAAAAAUUUUUGAUAAAUCCAAAAAGAUGCUUAUGGAAACAUUGUUAUGGUCAAUGUAUAACAUUAUUAGCCUCAGAAAAAUGCUCAGAAAAUGUACUCACUUUCUGGGUACGUUUCGCCUACCAGUACCAAGAAUAAUUAUUUAAUGAUAACUACGCUCAUUUGGGAAAUGAACUUUGUACAUUCGAUCAUUACAAAUGUAGUAAGCUAGAGCCUCUCAAAAUGCACUCUGAUUUAACAAAAUACACGGAAGACAAAGGACACGCACGCACAUUUUACAUUAAGGGCUUAUGAGCCUGUACUAUCAUAGAGCCAUGUAGAGAGUUGUGACAUUAGUGUCAACAUUGUUCAAAAACAAACUGACAGGUGUAUGCAUCAGUGCAUUUGGACAGUUGGUAUAGUCCACUGCGCUCAUCCUACCCAAACGGUCACUAUCUCUGCAAAUUCCCUUUUUGCCUUUUGCCAUUCGUUAAACCUUGAUCAACUCUAGUGCGCCCUCUAUUACCACAGUGUGCCGUGGCACUGCUGUCAUGUUCGUCCUUCUUUUUCUUAGCGCCAUCGAUAAUGGAUAGUGUCUUUUGCAUUUUUGAGAUUUUCGAGUUUCCACUUUUGCUCCAUUUUCUGUGGUAAUGUGAUCAACCAUGGAGGAAGGAUGCAGAAAGAGUUGCAACUCUGGCACUUCAAAGUGCUCGAUGAGUCUGGCAGUUCAAACUCCUUCUGAGUUUUUGUUUCAUGGAUCAACUGUAAACAUAUCCGCAAUAAACUGUGGUUCUUGUACAUGUACAUAAUUACUGCCUAUGUGGGUGUUGUUUUUGUGUUUUUUUCUUUCUUUGUGCAUGCUUGCAGGUUUCUGACGUAGAUUCUACGCAGAACCAGCAUUAGCCAACACCAAGUGCGCACAGGGGUCUGAGCUGUGGUGCAAGUGGUCAGAACACCCAGUUCCCCGAGUGUCGCUAACGGGAUGACGAGAUCUCUUGAGGCAAUUCUCAUUCCAACAGCUACUACCGAAGAAUACCGCACUCUGCUGGCAUGGCUCACAAAGGCUCACGGAGGGUUGACCCCACACUACUCAUGCCAGCUAAGUCGACCACCUCACGCCAUGAGCCACCGCCCUUAGACCCCUUUCCAAAGGGUCAGCCGUGCGUAAAUAAAACACUACACCUUCCUGGGCUACUCCCCCACUGACACCUGGGACGGUCCUGGUGGAUACAAUGCCAAGCCACACGGGCACAACGUAGACCGUAACACAUACAACAGAAACCACUGGCCUGCUACGUACGCAUCAGCCCUCCGUCGACCGAGAUUUCUUCAACGAGGGCAUCUAGGCGUGAAAUAGAGAAUAGCGCUACCGGACCGACACCCUGUCACUUCCUGGGGCUGUCCCGGUAAAUAUGUCAUUGGAAUGCGGAUCUGUGGCCACAUCUCCCCAGGCGGCACCCCUGGCAUCCGAAUCCACCGGCCUGCUACACUGACUUGAUAUCCACGCCCCGGGCCUUUUUGCCCUUCGGUGUUUUCCUUGGGAUACGAGUGCCGUUAUGUUUGACCAAAUUCUUUACUCCAAACCCUCGGACAAGAUCGAAUGGGCAGGCAUUGGAUUGGAGACAAAAAAUACAGAGAAAACAGAGGUUCAUUCACCCCUAGGUUCUGCAUGGGGGAUCACAAACACUCCACAGUGUGUCAACCCCUAUCGACUCUAUCCUGGCCAUACUUGAUUGAUCUGAAAAUCACUUACUUUCACGCCUUCAGUCCAUAUAGGGAUUUACAGAUUCCUCUGAUUCCUGUACACUGGAAGAAUUUUCUGGAUUCGAUCUGCCCUUUGAUCACUCGACGUCUAAUACCCAAAUGGUUGAAGUUUUGGCCGCCUACCUACACCAGUUCACCAUUCCGACAUUCGAACAUUUCGACAGCUAACUGGGCGUAGACAGUUAUCCAGGCAAGACUGCAGUCAACACUAGCCUUAUGAGCUGCCGUCUGCUGUUCAUCACUCAGGAAUAUUCAGAUCUGUCCCAAACUCAUGCCCUGAUUGGUGUAGAUGCAGUUCCCGAUUCUUCUUGUGCUCAGGCACACAAACACAACUCUUCGGCCUGAUGAUGAGUCUGGUGGACCUGAUACCUCUUAACGUUUUCAUUAGUAGGGCCCCUCCAGCCCACUUACUGCUGUUCUUCCGUCCAAAAUAUGUGUCCUGAUCGAUCUCCCAGUUUUUACAAUGGACCUCAUCCAGUCAGGACUUUGCUGGUAGCUGACACGGAAACAUCUGGUUUACGACCUCCCUCUCCCAAAGAUAGAUCCUUAGGCAAUGACUUUCUACCAACCCGUCUAGGUUUACAUGGGGUAUGUAAAAGGUAUGAGACCUUCCAGGUCUCAGUUAUUGGGAAGUCUCUUCAAAGUGCGGAACUCCAGGCGAUCUCCAGCGCAAUGUGUCCCUGCAGCACAACGGCUAGGGCAAAUCUGUCCUGUUUGAUCAGACAAUUGCCCCCUUUGGCGAUGGGCUGUGGUAUUGAACUGAGGCUACACCAACACACAACAAUUUUCUACGUUUAUGGCAGGCAGGUCGUUGUGUGUUUCCUACCAACACGCCUGCAACCGCAGUGGUCGACUUUCUUAUCCCUACUUACUCCAAACUACAUUUAGCAUUCGUACGCAACUACCGUUCUGUCGUCAUGGCUAUAUUUCACUCAGGUUUUCCCUGAUGGCUCCACUCCCUCGGAAAAAAAUGGCCUCAAUUAUCUUUUCUUAGUACAUAGAUAUUUAUUGAGCGUUCCCCACUAAGACAACUCAUUCAUUGGUGGGGCAUAUCUUAUGUUUUUGAGCACUUCAAAAGUUUUCCCUCCGCGCCUUUUAUCAAGACCUCAUUAUCACUCACCUCAUUGAAGCUGCUUUUUCUACCUCUAGUAACUCUGCGUUACGAGGCAAUGGAUUACCGAUAGUAUCUAUCACGGAUGAUCGGCGUCUAUGUCACCCUAGCCCUAGAAGCCCACACGGUCCUAUUCGAAUUCACCCCACCAAUAAGAUAUCUUCGUCUCGAACUUCAUAAGAACAGCCUAGUAGCAAACCUUGCCGUCCUUUCACGACUCAAAGCUGAGAUCUUCUAAUUUCUUCCGUCAUUACAUUAGUAAACCUCAUCGAGCAGCAAUCAGAGACACAACGGCUAGUUGGGUUUCCUUAGCCAUCACGUUCGCCUGUCAAAAAUGGUCGACCUUCCUAAAUCACAAACCCAGCCGCCCUAUCGCAGCUCACGAUGCUAGAACGGUAUCUACCUUGCCGAUAUUCUUUGGCGGUGUCCUGAAGAUAUCGAGACAAUACUAGCCUCUUCAACGAAACCACAAGGACCACACUGGGCAAGCCACCUGCUGCUCUACGUAAUGGCCUCCUUUCUUUGGUGGGUCCUCAUCAUUCCACACGGAUUUCCUCACCUUUAGUGUCUCCUUGCCAACCCUCUUCCAGAGUACGGUGCUACUCUGCAGAGGCAGGGACUGUUUGGGUAGGAUAAGUGCAGUGGAGUACUCCCCCACAGUGUUGUGGGACGGGGCUGCAAGCGAACAGUCGACGCCCUCCCGUCCUCCGCCACUUUGGCUCGGACCUUGCACUCCGAAAAAGGACGUACAUAGCGGUAGCGCCGCGGUGCAUUGUAGUAAUAAAGGGUGUACUGCAUUUGAUCAAAAUCAAGAACGGGAAAAGGCGUAUUGGUAAAUCGGAUAUAUAUAGUGACUCAUCCCUCACUGCUGUGGGGGAGAACACUACCCGUACCUACUAUUGUACCAAUUUCUUUCCAAAAUCUGAAGCUGGCGCUACUCUCUCUAGCCUUACAGAAGUAUAGACAGCUCCAUUACCGCAUAAAUUGCUGAAGCAUGCUCAAAUCUAGGUGUACAUUCCAAUGAAGAUACAACAAUUACAUGGUUAACUUCCAUGUACCCCUGAUGUUACCUGUGUAUACCAAUUACCCUGUAAUUGGUAACUGGUUAACCCAGGUAAAAUCAGGGGUGCAUAGAAGUAGAUUUUUACUCAGGAGUGUUACCACGUGUGUGCAUAUUGACCUCUCCCCGUGCCCCUACUAUGUUUCAGUGGUCAUCGCCAAAAUUUUCGUCCAACUUCAACGUUCUUUGAACUUGAGUUAGCAAAUAUGGAUUUCUUAUCGCAUUGGUACAAACGUAUUUUUUUACACGUACAGGUGAUGUCUGAUAUCUUUUUUACACAGCCAAUCCAAUAUUUGCAAACCGAAAUUUCCCCUUUUUUAUGUUGUUGCAUAUCCUCCAACAUUUAAGGAAAGCGCCUCAUUUCAUGAAAACAGCCAGAGCCCUGUGAUUGGUCUGAUUUCACGAGGUUUGUGACGUAUAGGCUGUCAGAUAAAAUUGAUUACCGUUCCCCUUUUCCUUUCUAAGUGUGUAAGGCCCUGCAGUAUAACCCUACUUUAUAUUUUUAUUAUAUAUGUAUAUAAUAUAUAGAUAUCUUUGUAUCUUUAUUUUAAAGUGCUUGAACGGCCUUCUUAUAAACCAUUUCUCGAUAUCGCAGUAAUAGAGACUCAGUCUCUACUAGCAUACGGUCUGAAUACUAAUUUUCUGAGCCAUUGUAUAUGGAUAUAAAUUGAACCACCAAAAAAGUCAAAAUUUAAACGUUAAACGUCAGAAAUGGUAGGAUAAUUUGGGAAGUUUAGGUAACAAACUUUGUUCUGAUCGGGAAACAUGGUAACUUGAGAAAAACCCAUCUUACCCCCAUACUCAUGCCGCUUCAGACGCCCCAGGCUAACAUGGAACUGUUUAACAUUGAAAAAGUAAUUACUUGGAAAUUAAUUCUUCACUGUUAAAGGUACCACAUCCCGAAAGUAUUACAACAAACCAUUUUUGAGGCGUAUUUGCAGAACCACGUCUGUCAUUGGCCGCAGUAUUUGAUGAAUGUACAAAAUGUUGUCAUCUGACAGCAUAAAACGCUGUGAAAUGUUUUUCUCAUAUUUUUUAGGCAAUCAUAUAGGCAAGGGGUUUAUAUUAAUAUCUGUAGCUUUACAUCCUACAAGAGGAUGUUUUGGCAUAGUUGUUGGACUUCCAAUAUAGAAAGGCGUAGUGCGCGUUGUUAAUUGAUGUAAUAGAAACUCAUUUGUCACGAACUCAGAUGUUAAAUGUCAAUUGCGGUUGAAUUCUUACAAUUUUUUUUGGGGGGGGGUUGGAUACUUUCUUUUAAAAUUCUGAAUUGCGAAGAGCACAAGAAUACCUUCUGUAUUUCGCUUUUCAAAAUACUUCUAGGUUUAUAAAGUAGAGGUAGACAUAGUUGGUUUCAGUAUAUUGCCUGUCAGCAUUGUGUAGUUUAGAGUAAUCUUUCUCGAAUUAUUGUUGGCUGUAUUAAAAAAACAUGUGAUGCAAUAGUAGUAAUAAAGUGGUUGGCUCUCAAAUUUA